GUUGUCAAUUUGUCAUCAUUCUGUUUCGAGAAAUAUUAGAAAAUAAACACGCUCUGGGAAGUGGAACACAUUUUAUUCUUUCCUCGUUAAUUGUGAGUGAUAUUAUUGUAUAAAAUGACUACUCCUCCUGACUCACAGGAUACUUUUGAUCAGUUUGACGAAGAAGAAACUGAACAACAGCUUGGGGCUACAGCAUCUGGACGUAAAAGACUGUUUAGUAAAGAAUUACGAUGCAUGAUGUAUGGCUUUGGUGAUGACCAGAACCCUUACACUGAAAGUGUGGACUUUUUAGAAGAUCUCGUUAUUGAAUUUAUUACAGAAACUACACAUAGGGCAAUGGAAGUUGGUCGCACAGGUAGAGUACAAGUAGAAGAUAUAAUUUUCUUAGUACGAAAAGACCAGCGCAAAUAUGCCCGUGUCAAAGAUUUGCUAACCAUGAAUGAAGAACUAAAGAAAGCACGAAAGGCUUUUGAUGAAGUUAAAUAUGUCGAAGAUCAACAAUAACAUAGAUGGUCAGACAAAGCUGCCAUGCUUCUAAGACUGAUGCAAGUAGCAGUAUUUUCAUUAUGACACCUUGCUUUUAUGUUUGCACAUACUAACUAAUAUCAUUGUAGUGAACCAUUGUAAUCUAACCCUUAUUAUGUUUGCCGCUAUGUUUAUUAUGCUAUGAGGCUUUCAACGAUGUAUUGACAAAACAUUUCAUUAAUAACUUAUCCUUUAGCACUGGUACUGGAUUUAUGUAGUAACUAAAAAAAAAUCCUAGUGACUAGAAAUUUACUAGAAACUGAAACUGACAUUUCUCCUAUAUUUGUUUAGGCUUUUAUAGUAGUAUAGAAACAUCUUAUAUUUUUUAUCUCUCUCUUCUACCUUAAACUAAAUUAGUUAAAUAAUCUAAUUAUCAAUGUAACAUAAAUGACAACCUCUUUGCUCAAUACUGUGAUAUGUAUAUCUAUGGUCGUUAUCAUUUAAAAAUAUGAAUUAAAGCUUUCUCUAUGCUUGAAUUAAAAUGUAUUUUUUUUCUGUAAUCCUAUCAAUAAUCCUUUUUAACCUAUCCUGCAUGAGCAGAGCUUUUAUUAACUACAUUGCUCUCAGAUACAUCACAUACUCAUAGUUAUAGUAACCUAUAAGUACAAGUAAGUCGUUAUUAAGGCACACCCCCCCCCCCAUUGUCUCUAAUUUAGCUUAGAUUAAAUAUGUCACUGUUUUGUAGACAAUACAUUGAGAUUUUUUAUAAUAAGUAUUAUGAGACAUAGUAAAUUAACUACGAAAAACACAUUUUACUUAUGAAAAUCAUGGAGAAAAGCUCUAAUAGUUCCAAAUCACAGAAAGACUCUUCGUCAUGGACAACACAAUAUUUGACAUAUUUAAUUUAAUAAUAGUUUUGUUAGUAAUAGUAGUAGUCUUUAAUACCUAUGUUGGGCUAUGGUUAUCAUAAGUCGCAGUAAUGUUCACAAAUAAUAUUAUCUGUUGUUAAUUAUUGAAAGAUAAUACAAUUGUUUGUAUUUCAGAAUAAUUCAGAAGUGGAUAGACUGACAGGACUGUUACCUUUGCGCAUAUUUUGUCCACUGCUAAAUUGAUAAUUGUAACCAAGGAUUGAUACCUAAUUACAUUUAGUAUUUGUACUGUAAAACAUUCCUCUCAAAGCGAAAGAUCAAUGUAACUUUUAGUUUGUAAGAUAAUAAAACAAUUAUAAUUUA